CAUUUGCAGCACUUCAGAGACGGAGAAUGAGGAAGCGAUGCUCCUGCCCAGUAGUGCUUCGAAUAAUCCGGACUUGUCGAACUGGAUGGUUUUCACGAAUCUUACGAAAGCCUCCAUGGGAACGGGCAUACUUGCUAUGCCGAUGGCUAUACGCAACGCUGGUUUGAUAGGACUUCCCUUGUUUGCAGCUAUAGCAGUUGUCUGUGUCUACUGCAUCCAUCUACUGGUGCUGUCUUCCCGUACGCUCAGAAGAAGACUAAUGGUUCCAGCCUUGGAAUACGCCGACACUGCUGCUGCAGCUUGCAAGACCUCGAGGUCACCCGUCCUGCGGAGAAUUGCUCCAUUCGCCAGAGGUUUCACGGAAGUCGUCUUACUGGUUUACAUGAUAGGAGUUUGCAGUGUCUACGUGCUGUUCGUUAAAGAAAACUUAAAACAGCUCAUCGACGUGUCCUGCAAAGAAAAUGAGUGGAGUUCAAUUGAUUAUUUUCUGCAUCUGGCGCUGGUUCUAAUGGUUCUGGUUGCUAUACCAAACCUGAGUAGCCUCAGCAUCGUCUCUUCUAUUGCAAACAUAACAAUGGUUGUUGGCGUGGUGAUGUGUCUAGGCAUCAUCUGUUACCAAAUAUACGUUGACCAAGCUGCAUCAGUGGAAUACAAAAGGAAAACGGAUACAUGGACGAAUGUAACAAUAUAUAACGUUACAGUCGAAGCUUGGGCUGGUUGGGAUAGAAUACCGCUUUUCUUUGGGACCGCCGUCUUUGCACUCGAAGGAAUAGGCGUGGUAUUGACGCUCGAAAAUCUGAUGAAGGAUCCUACUAAUUUCCUGAAAGGCUGUGGCGUUCUGAAUUUUGCUAUGGCCAUAAUUACUAUCCUGUACAUUCUGAUGGGCUCCUUGGGUUACUUGGCAUACGGCGAGAAAACGAAAGGAAGCAUCACACUGAACCUUCCACCAAAUAACACCCUGGCGUUGUGGGUGAGAAAAACGGUGACGCUGGCAAUAUUUCUGACGUACCCGCUGCAGUUUUACGUCCCGGAAGAGAUCCUAUGGAAAUGGAUGAACGUGAUAAUACAGUCUUGUUUCCGUGUGGUGUCACUACAGCGCUUUACGCACUGCGCCGGAAGGCGCGAAGAGGUCGGUCAAGCGCCCAGGUUCCUCUUCAAAGUACUCCUCAUGUUGGCCACAGCCUGUUUGCCACUUAUAGUACCGAGACUGGGUCCAGCAAUUUCACUGGUUGGCGCAGUGUGCCUGUCAAUGCUCGGGCUUAUACUCCCAACGAUUAUUCAUGCGAUCACAUACUGGGAGGAAAUAUCUCAGAACAUAAGAGAACCGACGGUAUGGUCGCGAAUGGCCUUGCACGUGAUUAUAGUCAUUAUUGGUCUUCUAGGCUUAGUUACUGGUACCUACGUUAGCUUGAAUGAGUUAAGUCAAGAACCUGUAUCAUUAAAUGCAGUUACUGAGUAA